AUGGCGCCGCUGACUGACUUCUACCAUCUCACCAUGGCCUACGGGCACUGGCGGGCCGGGCGGCACCGCGCCCCCGCCGCCGCCGAGCUCUUCUUCCGCCGCGGACCCUUCCGCGGCACCUUCGCGCUGGGCGCCGGCCUGGCCGAGGGGCUGCGCUGCCUCCGCGCCUUCCGCUUCUCCGCAGCCGACGUCGCCUACCUGCGCUCUGUCCUGCCCAGCACCACAGAGGACGCCUUCUUCGACUACCUGGCCACCCUGGAUGCCUCGGAGGUGACCGUCUCUGCCGUGCCGGAGGGCUCCGUCAUCUUCGCUAGGGUCCCGUUCCUGCAGGUGAAGGGGCCGCUGCUGGUGGUGCAGCUGCUGGAGACCACGUUGCUGUGCCUGGUCAACUAUGCCAGCCUGGUGGCCACGAACGCUGCCCGCUUCCGACUCCUUGCUGGCCCGGACAUGAAGCUGAUGGAGAUGGGGCUCCGUCGCGCUCAGGGGCCAGACGGUGCCCUUUCGGCCUCCAAGUACUCCUACAUUGGGGGCUUCGACUGCACCAGCAACGUCCUGGCGGGGAAGCUCUACGGCAUCCCAGUGCGUGGCACCAUCGCCCACUCCUUCAUUAUGUCCUUCACUUCACUUGAGGAGGUGCAGCCCAAGGAGGUGCCACCACUGGCAGGAGGAGAGCCAGUGGAUCUCCCGGCCCUGGCCGAGUCGUGGCUGCAGCGGGUGUGUGAGCUGCUGCAGACGCCCCCUGAGAAGGCGAACCGGGGCGAGCUGGCUGCCUUCGUGUCCUACGCCAUCGCCUUCCCGUGUGACUUCCAGGGGCUGCUGGACACGUACUGUGUCAGGAGGAGUGGCUUGCCAAACUUCUGUGCCGUGGCGCUGGCCCUGCAUCAACUGGGGUACCGGGCCAUCGGGGUGCGCCUGGACAGUGGGGACCUGGCCCAGCAGUCCAAGGAGAUCCGCCGAAUGCUCCGAGCCUGCGGUGCUCACUUCCAGGUGCCCUGGUUUGAGACCAUCCCCAUCGCCGUCAGCAACGACAUCAGCGAGCAGAGCCUGGAGGAGUUCAGCCGGGAGGGGAGCGAGAUUGACAUGAUCGGCAUCGGGACGAACCUGGUGACGUGUCCCCUGCAGCCAUCGCUGGGCUGUGUUUACAAGCUGGUGGAGGUCAAUGGCUCCCCGUGCCUGAAGCUCACAGAAGAUGAGGAGAAGAUGACAAUCCCAGGGACUAAGACGAUCUAUCGGCUCUACGACUCUGCUGGUCACCCCUUCAUGGACCUCAUGGCCCUGGAGGAGGAGCCCUUGCCCAGCGCGGGGCAGGAGUUGGCGAUCCGUGUCCUGGGGCAGCUCGGUGAGACCAGCAAGGUCGUGCCCACCACUGUGGAGCCCCUCCAUCGCACAUACUUCAGAGAUGGCCAGGUGUGUGAGCCGCUGCCCAGCCUGCCAGAGGUGAGGAGCCACGCGCAGGUGUCCCUCAGCCUGCUUAACCCCGCUCACCGCCGGCUCCAUGAGCCACAGCCAUACCCGGUGGCCGUGACGGAGAGGCUGCACCACCUCCUCGCCGAGCUGCGGCAGGCCAGCCAGUGAGGGGGUCCCCGCUCGUCCCCCUGCACCGUGCCAGCCCACGCUGGGUGCAGCCCCUGCCUGGGGUCAGGCUCUUCCGCACUACUUUGAAGACCAGGUGACUAAUUAGGAAUUAAUGGUUCUGAUGACAUUGCUACUGUGUGGUGCUAAUCCGAGGACCCUGCAGGAACUGGAAGAGCACCCUGGGGUCCCAGCAGCAAAGCUGGGCACAGAGGGAUGGGGCAGGCAGAGCUGGGAGGCAGCUGCCCCCGCGUCUUCUGGAAGCGAUGGUCCUUCCCUGCCCACCUCGGUGGCCCUGCCAGCCCUGCACCUUCUGCCAUGACAGUGCUGCCUGCUUUGGUGGUCCUGUCAAACCCUGUGCCUUCUGCUGUGGCAGCGCUGCCCACCAUGGUGGCUCUGCCAACCCUGUGCCUUCUGCCGUGGCAGCACUUCCCACCUCGGUGGCCGUGCCAGCCCUGUGCCUUCUGUGGUGGCAGCCCAUGCUGAAGCUCCUCGGUGGCACUAGAGACGAAGUCUAGAGUGCACAAGAAGGGGUUCUACCAUGGGAAGGGCCAGCCUGUCCCCCAACCCAUGUCCUGUGGGACAUCUGUGGCAGAUGCACUUUGCCCUUCCUAUUCUAGGCUUUGGCUCUGUGGCCACAUUUCAUCUCUUUCCAUUUUGUAUGCCUUCCCUGGGGUGUGGAGGCCAGCUCCAGGUUGACGCCCGCACUCUCUAACCUGAUGUUCAUAGAGGAAGCGUAGCACUAAUCCCCACAAUUACCUUCAUCCUAAGCAAAAAAUAAAAUAAAGGCCUGUACCCACUACAGCUACGGCCAUACUGUGUGGCUUCCCUGGUCCUUCAAAACACUUGUUGCCUUUAGCCUGAACGUGUGAUUCAACAUCCUUCACUUCACAGUUUAUG